AUGGAAAUUAAAUUUGUUAGUAAAGAAAUAGAUAAUAGCUUUAGAUGUAAAAAAUCUUAUAAUAAUACAGAGGCUCCAUGUGAUCUCUGUAAAGCCCCUGUUCUAAAUUCUGAUAAAAAAUCCCAUGAAGAAAAUUAUUGCCCAAAAAAAAAAAUAAGUUGCCAAUAUUGUAAUAAAUCAUUGAAAAGAGAAAAAAAAGAAAAACAUUUGGCCUCUAAAUGCCCCAAAGUAAAAGAAAAAUGUAUUUUUAAUGGCUGUAAUGUAGAAAAAACAAGGGAAGAAAUGAAAUUACACAAGGAAAGUUUUUCGGAACAUAUCAGUCUCAUUAAUGAAAUGUCUAAUUCACUGGAAGAAACAAAAAAAAAACAGGAAAGUCAUUCGGAGCAAAUCAACUCAUUAUAUAGAAAAUCUGAUUUUCUGGAAAAAAUGUUGAAAAAUAACCAGUUUGAAAUGGAAAAAUUUAUAAACAGAUUUAGUCCACUGGAAGAAAAACCUGUUUGUAAUUUGACAAUUUUGAACAGUUUUAACAAAUCAUAA